GUUGAUACUCUAAUGCCAAUUGAUACUAUUUACCUGUCUGUUGCAGUUAUUCCUUCCCAAGGAGGAUAGAAGAGAACUCAUUCUACCGCUCUGCACUGCUUCUGAAUUCUAAACGGAGAGCGGUUUUUGGAAAGAUACGGAAACAGAGAGGAGGAGAGGAGAGAGAGAGACACGGCAAAGAGGAGAAAAGCAAGAGAGGGAAACAGCGAAGGGAGGAAGAAAGCAGAGCUGAGUGUGUUUACCACACCUGUGAUGCUGCGUUGUUUCUAGCAACCAAGACGCGCUGCGGGGAUACCAAUGUAAUGGCCAAGGUAGUGGACCCGGAGGAUGCGUGCUGCUACUGCUGAGCCAACUGGACUUUGAUGCAGAGGCGCUUACUAACGGAGUAAAGAGACGCCCGGAGAACAAAACAACUGGACACACAUAUUUGGGCUACUACUACUGCUCAUUUAUCCCUGCUCUUCCGGGCUACUACUACUGCUCAUUUACCCCUGCUCUUUGUCUUUUGAAAGUUAAACCGGAGAAGUGCGAGCGGCUUACAGCAGAGAAUGAUGCCGUUACACCUGACUCCCUUUGUCCGCGGGAGAUACAGCACGGCCACGUUGGUGAUGCUCUGUUGGCUGUUCCUCGCUGGAUUUACCUUCAUUGUUGGUACGGAGCACGUUGCCACGGCGACACUUCCUGCCUCCUUCAACGAUCUGUUACCUCACUUCCUGGUGGAGCCUGACGAUGAGUACAUAGUGAAGAACAAGCCCGUCACCCUGACCUGUCGCUCCACCCCGGCAACACAGAUCUACUUCAAAUGUAACGGGGAGUGGGUUCAUCAAGAUGAUCACCUGAUCGACCGCACCGUGGACCCUGCAACAGGUCUGCCCAUCAUGCAGGUGAAAAUAGAUAUCUCCAGACAGCAGGUUGAGAAGAUCUUUGGUCUGGACGACUAUUGGUGCCAGUGUGUCGCCUGGAGCACUACGGGAACCCAGAAGAGCCAAAAGGCAUAUGUCAGGAUUGCCUACCUGAGGAAGAACUUUGAGGAGGAGCCAAUGGGGAAGGAAGUCUCGUUGAACCAGGAAGUGUUGUUACGCUGUCAUCCUCCAGAGGGCGUACCAGCAGCUGAGGUGGAGUGGCAGAGGAACGAGCAUGUGAUCGAGCCGGAAAGCGAGCCCAACUUCCUGGUGACUGCGGACCGUAAUCUGAUCAUCAAACAGGCCAGGCUGGCGGACACGGCCAACUACACCUGCGUGGCCAAGAACAUUGUGGCACGACGCAGGAGCUCCCCCGCCACCGUUCUGGUCUACGUAGAUGGAGGUUGGAGUGAUUGGUCUAAUUGGUCUGAUUGCGGAGUGGACUGUUCCAUGUGGCGCAGUAGAGAGUGUACCCAGCCCUCGCCUGGCACCGGGGGCAAAGACUGCCAGGGGAUCGACCUCCAGUCACUCAACUGUACCAGCCAACAGUGUCUACAGACUGCCAAUGGAGUUGAGGAUGUGGCCCUGUAUGUGGGUAUUGUAGCCGUAGCUCUCUGUCUGACCCUCAUCCUCAUCGUGGUGGUCCUGGUCUACCGCCGUAAGAAGGAGGGUCUGGACGCUGACGUAGCGGACUCGUCCAUCCUGACCACGGGCUUCCAGCCUAUGGGCAUCAAGCCUAGCAAGCCAGGUGUGUGGGCACCUCGGCACCGGGCCCCCGGCCCCCCUGGCCCCCGCCCCGGUACCCGCAGCAAGAACUCCCAUCUGCUUACCAUCCAGCCUGACCUAACCACCACGACCACCAGCUACCAAGGAACCCUGCACUCACGUCACGACGGCACCACACACACCGGCACCGCUAAGUUCUCAAUGACCAACGGUCCGCUUCUAGACCCCAUACCAAACGGGUCGCACCACACCUUACACAACGGGAAGAUGACCUCUGACCCUGCGGAGUUUAUGACCCGGCUGUCCAAUCAGACGUACUUCAAGACGUUGCCGCGGGACGUGGCUAACACCUCGUAUGGGACAUUCAACUUCCUGGGGGGUAGACUCACCAUCCCCAACACAGGCAUCAGCCUGCUGAUCCCUCCAGAGGCCAUCCCCAGGGGAAAGAUCUAUGAGAUAUAUCUCACCACUCAGAGGAAAGAAGAUUUAAGGUUACCCCUGGCGGGCUGCCAGACCCUGCUGAGUCCCAUAGUGAGCUGUGGUCCUCCGGGGGUGGUUCUGACGCGACCCACAAUUCUCAGCAUGGACCAUUGUUCUGACGCCUGUCCUGAGAACUGGGCCAUCAGGCUGAAGAAACAGAACUACGAAGGCGUCUGGGAGGACGUCUUGAUGAUGGGGGGGGAAUUGAUCUCAGAGCCAUAUUACUGUCAGUUGGAGGCAGAGACGUGCAGAGUGUUCUCGGAGCAGUUGGGUCGUUUCUCUCUGGUGGGAGAAUCUCUAAACAUGUCCGCAGCUAAGCGUCUCCGUCUGGUGCUCUUCUCUGACGCAUACUGCUCUACCCUAGAGUAUAACAUCAGAGUCUACUGCAUGGAUGAUACACAAGAUGUCUUCAAGGAGGUGAUGCAGAUGGAGAGACAGCUAGGUGGUCGUCUGAUUGAUGAGCCCCACGUCCUACUGUUUAAAGACAGCUACCACAACCUGCGCCUCUCCAUCCACGACAUGCCCCAGGCACACUGGAGAAGCAAACUACUGGCUGGGUACCAGGAGAUCCCGUUCUACCACAUCUGGAACGGUUCCCAGCGGUUCCUCCAUUGUACCUUCACCCUGGAGCGGCUCAACCUGAGUACCUGUGAGCUCACCUGUCAGCUGUGUGUCUGGCAGGUAGAGGGGGAGGGACAGAGCUUUAGCCUCGACUUCAACAUCGCCAAGGACAGUCGACCCCUGGACCCGGAGUUCCUGCUGAUGGACAAUAACCUUAGCGGCUCAGCUCUAGCAGGACCCAGUGCUUUCCAGAUCCCCUAUCUCAUCAGGCAGAAGAUCUGCAGCAGCCUGGAUACACCUUGUCCCAACGGGGCCGAUUGGAGACUGUUGGCCCAGAGACUCAAACUGGACAGGCACAUGAGUUUCUUUGCGUCCAAGGCGAGUCCCACCAGUGUGAUUCUGGAUCUGUGGGAGGCCCAACACUUCCACAGUGGAAACCUGAACCAGCUGGCCACCGUCAUGGCCGACAUCGGCAAACAGGAAGCUAUGAUUUUCCUGGUCUCAGACGGAGAGUGCUAGCCUUAGCUCUGUCCCACACUGUCCCAACACUGCACCCUAUUCCCUAGAUAGUGCACCAAUGUAGGGGACUACCUAGGUAAUAGAGUGCUAUUUGAGAUCGGCCCCCUAAAAAAGGAGAGGACUGGAACAGGGUAGAAUAUACAGACACAUGAGAGGAGAGGAGACCACUCCCCUCCUCUCUCCCCUCCUUUACAAGAGAGAAGAGAAGAACAGAACAGUCCCCCCCUCUCUCCCCUCCUUUACA